CAGUGCCAGAACACACUGAGCGGGCAACAUACAAAACUAUGAAGUUUGACAUGUAGAGGAGUCUGUCACUUACGUCACUGAUAGCCUUGUUGAUGAGGAUUCCUGUGUUUGACGAAGUAAAAAUGUGUCAACCAUGAAAGGUUUGACGGAACUGGUAACACUGCUUAUGCUGGCGUCGUCGGCGGCUGGACGCCCCCCUAAGUGUCCCCCGCCGGGCUCGGCCGCGCCUCAGUACCUCCCGGAUGACGCGGACGGAUCUGCCUUCUGGCAGUGCGACCGCGGGGUCGCGUAUCACAAGCACUGCGACGACGGGCUGGUCUGGAACGCGGCACUCAGCGUCUGCGACUGGCCCAGCGUCGUCGUGGUGGACGCAGAGGACUCUGGACACGAAAGCGGCACUCACAGUGGCGGCCAUAGCCAGGACGUUUCUAGCCAUUUAUCGACGCGAAAGGAUAAUGUUGACAUAGACGGGAGAUACGAGAGACGGUCCUCCAUGAGCCAUUUUGGAGAUCACCAUGACCAGCAAGGAGGUGAAUCCAUAUCUGAAUUUAGACAUAUGGAGGAACACCACAGGCAUGCCAAAAGACCGGAAGAAGACCUCGGGUACAUCAAACUACCGAUGGAAGACUAUGUGGACUACAUAAAAGUAAUGACAAGCAUCUUCCGAUUGAGGCAAUAAAGAUUAUUUGCACAAAAAUUUGUUUUUCAAUACGCAAAGCGCAUAGUUGUGGUGGGCAUUUGGGACAAUAUUAUAGACGUAAAUUAGGUUGAAGCACUUAAAAUAACAAUACAAGAAUGUAUUUGGAAGACAUUAUUAGUCGGUGACCAAUACUACUAUCUAAAUUUUAUGUUCAGGCGCAUUUUUCUAUGAUCAUAUGACACUCCAGUGCUGAUAACAGUAAAUAACUUCAAAAAAAUUUAGAUACAAAAUGACAAAUAUGUUUAUGUCUACAAAGCGUUUUCAGGAUACUUAAAACAAAAUACAUCCACAAAAUUUGAAAUGUAACGGAAAGAGGAAUAAAUAUUUAAGCAUA